ACGACCAUUAUUGUAUGCUGCGUAUACUGAGUAACUGACUUACUGACACUGACAGAACACCGACUCGUACAAGUAUCGGGAAUUAUUUUUAAUGUUUAAACUUCCACCAGAGACAUGACUGCAAUUCACGAAACGAUGGAAGUGAUCGAAGUUGUUGGUGACCCUUAUUGCGUUACCAAAAUGCUAUGCUUGAUAGGAGUAUUAUUAAAAAGUGUAGGCUUAUGGUUCCUAGUAAGUGCUAAAGUGACACUACUCAUACAAAUCCUUUGGUAUCAAAAUUAUGCUGGUAUUAGUGGUCAAACGCAAUUUCUCUACUCGAUAGUUUUUACUACAAGAUUUCUGGACUUAAUUUCGAGUUACUAUAUUGACCCUACGAGUUGUUAUUUAACAAAAAUCAUUUUGCUAUUUAUGUCAUACAGCAUUACCUUUUUACUGUAUUUCUCGAAAAAAUCAUGUCAAAGAGAAUACGAUAAUUUCAAAAAACUCGACAUACUCGUACUUUCAAGCUUAGUGUUGUGCCAAUUGGUAAACCAUGGCACUGAUAUCAUCAACGUCUUUCGCGCGUUCAGCGUCUUUCUCGAGGCAAUGGUCAUCAUUCCCCAGCUUUACUUUUGCUCGAAAGCAAAAAAAAUCGAAAAGACGAUCUACAACUACAUAAUUUUAUUGACACUGUACAAAUCCUUCCAUCUACUGAGCGAAGUAUACAACUACUUCUAUGUGGAAUCCAAUUUUGAUCGAAUUGCGGUUGCCGCUGGUGCCAUUCAGCUGAUAUUUUACUGCGAUUUUUUCACUCGCGAGCAGAGCGAUUACAAGGAGACGAUGAACAGGGAUGUAGAGACUGGAAACGAGCAGCCGAAAAAUCACGAUGUUCAUCCCAAGGAAUCCGAAGCUAUGAGAAGCGCGGCUGCCCCUGCCACGGGGUACUCGUGUGACGUUGUUUUGCUGCCUUCUAUGCUCGUACUUGGCGAAGAUAAGGUCAGUGCAGCCACUCCAGCAAAUAUGAAACAGGAAGAAAGACAAUGAACGUAAAUCGUCAAACCAACGAUGUGCUUUUUAUCUCGAUGAUAAAUAUGUUUCAAAUGUUUUUGAAAAAUUUAUUAAAUAAAAUGUAUAA